UUAUCUCCUGAUAAGACAUAUCGUGUGGAGACACUCUGCACAUGCUCAGUUUGGUGUGUAUUUCUAGAGAAGUUUUUUUUUUUUUUCCUUUCGGGGUCUGGGGAGACCAGAUAUAGUGAAUGCAGGGUCUGGGGAGACCAGAUAUAGUGAAUGCAGGGUCUGGGGAGACCAGAUAUAGUGAAUGCAGGGUCUGGGGAGACCAGAUAUAGUGAAUGCAGGGUCAGGGGAGACCAGAUAUAGUGAAUGCAGGGUCCGGGGAGACCAGAUAUAGUGAAUGCAGGGUCCGGGGAGAGCGGAUAUAGUGAAUGCAGGGUCCGGGGAGACCA